AUGUCUGGCCCUUCUUCGCGCAUUCAGUCUAUCCUAGGCCACCUGCUCCCUCAACCGCAGCCGCCUCCUCACAUCCACCACUUGUCGCCGACUUUUUUCCUCGAGCGCGCCGCAGCCGUCGAGCCCAAUGCCCAAGCCAUCCUUCACAUCACCCCCACCGGGGUCACUUUGCGCCGUUCCUACCAAGAAUUCGCGGACCGAGCCAGAGGCUUGGCUUACUAUCUCAAGAAGCACAAGCUAGCUCGUGUCGGCAUCCUUGCCCCAAACACCCCUGCCUUCCUCGAGUCGAUAUACGGUAUUGUUGCCGCGGGCGGUGUCAUUGUUCCCGCAAAUUACAGACUCAAGGAGCAUGACAUUGCCUACAUCUUCGAGCACGCCGAGGUUGACUGCAUCAUUGUUGACCAAGAGUUUGAAAAUCUGCUCGGCGCCUACGCAAAGAAGCACAGCAACGUGCCGUUGAUUGUCGAUGUCGAUACCCACGUCGCCCGAGGUCCUUCCUGUGGCCAGUUCAAUCAAACCAUCUUGGAGGGUCUUGCCUAUGAUGAGGAGCAAGGUGGCCUCGCUUGGUCCGGACUGCAGUGCAAAGCUAGCAACGAAGACGACAUGCUGGCCAUACCCUUUACAUCUGGCACCACGUCACGGCCCAAGGGAGUCGUGUACACUCAUCGGGGCGCUUACCUAGCGGCCAUGGGAAACAUCAUCGAAUCCGGUCUCAAUCAUGGACAUUGUCGCUAUCUUUGGACUCUGCCAAUGUUCCAUGCUAUGGGUUGGACAUUCCCCUGGUCCGUCGUGGCUGUUCGAGGGCUCAAUGUUUGUUUAAGAAAGAUCAACUACCCUCUGAUUUGGAAACUCCUCAAGGAGGAAGGCAUCACACAUUUCAAUGCCGCGCCCACCGUGAAUACUCUCCUCGUUGCCGCAAAGGAAGCCGAGAAGCUUCCCAGCCCGGUCCAAGUGACAGUGGCUGCUAGUCCCCCCACCGGUCACCUAUUUGAACAAAUGACCAAUCUCAACCUCAUGCCCGUCCAUGUAUAUGGAAUGACAGAAACGUAUGGCCCCAUCACAAAGUGCUACCAGCUGCCCGAAUGGAACGACCUCCCUCCUUCACAAAAAUACGCCAAGAUGGCUCGGCAAGGACACGGCUUCGUCACCAGCUUGCCUAUUCGAAUCAUCAAGCCUGACCAACCCGAGGGUGUGCUGACUGACGUUGCCAAGAAUGGUCAAGAAAUCGGAGAAAUCGUCUUUUCCGGAAACAUUUGCGCAAAGGGAUACUACAAGGAUGCGGAUGGUACGAGGAAGCUUUUCGCAGGGGGCGCUCUGCACUCUGGCGAUCUGGCUGUCUGGCAUCCGGAUGGCAGCGCACAGAUUCUUGACCGAGCCAAGGACAUCAUCAUUUCUGGAGGAGAGAACAUUUCGUCUGUAGCUUUGGAGAGCAUGCUCGUGCAGCAUCCAGACAUUCUCGAAGCCGGCGUCGUGGCCGUGACGGACGACCAGUGGGGUGAGCGGCCAAAGGCGUACGUCACGGCCAAGGAAGGCAAGACGGUGCGCGGAGAAGACGUCGUUGCUUGGGCCAAGCAUCAGAGUAACAUCAGCAGAUUCAUGGUGCCGAGAGAGGUAGAGGUGGUGGAGGAGCUCCCCAAGACCAGUACCGGCAAGAUCAAGAAGAAUGAUUUACGGGACUGGGCGAGGAAGGACCGUAACCCGUAG